AUGGCUCGUUUCGCGGAAGAGCUACCCAGCAGAUAUGGAGGGGGUCCCGGUGGCGGUGGUGGUGGAGGAGGCGGUGGGGCUGGUGCCGCUGGUGCCCGGGGAGGAGGUGCGGCGGGCGCGCAGAGGAUGUACAAGCAGUCCAUGGCACAGCGAGCGCGCACCAUGGCCAUCUACAACCCCAACCCGGUCAAACAGAACUGCUUCACCGUCAACCGCUCGCUCUUCAUCUUCAGGGAGGAUAAUGUCAUCAGGAAGUACGCCAAAAGGAUCACCGAGUGGCCAUAUCCUUCCACAAGUGGUGACAAGUAUCAAAGCAUAUGUGUCUUAUCUGUUUGUUUGAACCAGGGACUGCAGCUGUUGUUUAUUGUAUAG